AUGCGCAUUACCGUGAUGGACGCGAGCUCCUCGGACAUGUCCACGUUCGAGGUGGCGGACGAUAUGGAACUGGAGAACCUGAUUGCCCUGUGUCGGAUGGAGUUCAAUAUGCCGGCCAACACGGAGCUGGUAUUGUCGGCGAAACAACAAAUGCUUCUGGAUCAGAAACAGACGCUAACACACUACGACGUGAAGGAUGGUGAUGUUUUGUUGCUGCACAAAGCAACUGCCAUUUCUCAACCGCCACCAUCUACCAACGCACCUUCGGCAGCACGAGCCCGUCCAAUGAUGCCACCGGAGUCGGCCAUAACCGAGCCGGCAGCUCUCGCCAACCUGGAUUUCAGCUCAAUUCAGAUACCUGCUUCGUUCCGAUCGGCUACGAAUGUCGGUAGUGGUAAUAGUGGUAGCAGCUCCAGCGAACUAAAUCGUCCCUCGCCAUCGGUUGGUCUCGAAGACGAUCCGGCGGUCGUACGCGACAUGUUUCUCUCGAAGCCCGACCAGCUAGCGCUGCUAAAGCAAAACAACCCGCGUCUGGCAGAAGCGUUGCUCUCUGGCAACCUAGAAACGUUCGCAAGCGUCCUGCGGAAACAGAUAGCCGAGAGGAUGGAAAAGCAGAAAGAGCGUCUCCGGAUACUGCAAGCCAGCCCCUUCGAUACGGAAGCACAGCGCUUGAUUGCGGAGGAGAUCAAGCGAAAGAAUAUCGAGGCAAACAUGGAAGCGGCAAUGGAGUACAACCCUGAAACGUUUGGCACGGUUGUGAUGUUAUACAUCAACUGUAAGGUUAAUGGGCAUCCGGUGAAGGCGUUCAUCGAUUCUGGGGCACAGGCCACGAUUAUGAGCGCGGCCGCUGCGGAACGUUGCAAUAUUAUGCGCCUAGUUGAUUCGAGAUGGGCCGGUAUCGCGAAAGGUGUUGGCGUUCAGCGCAUCAUUGGACGGAUUCAUAUGGUGCAGAUACAAAUCGAGCAGGACUUCCUCACGUCUAGCUUUUCCGUGCUGGAAGAGCAACCGAUGGACAUGCUGUUGGGACUGGACAUGCUUAAACGCCACCAGUGCAAUAUCGAUCUGAAGAACAAUGUGCUGCGCAUCGGCACAACAGGUACAGAGACACCGUUUCUGGCCGAAGGAGAUCUGCCUGAGUGUGCACGACUGACCGGAAGUCCAGAGGAAGAAAAACGAGCCCUGGAGGAAUCGGCUAAACUUGCGGAAGAACUUGCCUUGAAGGAAGCACUCUCCAAAAGCCAGAGUGAUCAAGCUUCGACCAGUGGCGGUAGUAGCAGUACCAAUACAAAUCCAGCCGGAACUCCAAACAUGGACAGUACACCGUCACCUGCGGUACAGCAAGCACCCGCCCCCGAACCAAUGCAGCAAGAUGUCGAUGAGACGCCGUUAACACUUCUGCCGACUGACCGCUUUACCGAAAUGGAUGUUGUAGAGUUAGAAUCGAUGGGUUUCAAGCGUCAGAUGGUAAUCGACGAGUUGCGAGCCGCAAAUGGCGAUAAAACGAUGGCCACCUCAGGACUCUUCUCUAGGCUACAGUAAUAGAAUGCAUAGACGCGACAGCAAACCGAACAGAUGCAAUCCUCAUUUGCUUCUCACACACUGCCGGGGAUAAUCUCCAAAUACUUUUUGCUCACAUGCUAACCAAUAUCCUGAUGGAAAUACGCAAAAUAUUUUACCAAACCUGCAAUGACGUUUGGCGAUAUAAAGCGUGUCUUUGCUGUGAUGGAUAUUCAUACACUUUGGAACCGAAUGCAUCUACAUAUGUAGAUUUUAAUAGAUCGUAACCGAUUGUAUUUUACGCUCUGCACUAAUCCACACCGACAGUGCAUUUUUACGUUUCUAUUCUCGGUUCUUUCCGCAGUUUCUUUCUUCUGAUUGCACAUGAUAGCACGAACCAUCAAAACUGCAUUUCACAUAUCCAUUUCUUUAAAUUUAUUUCAUGAGAGGGAAAUAGCUAUUCCACGGAUCAGCAUGGAGCCGUGAGUGUGUUGGGAAAAAUAGAUUUCUGUUUGUUCUGAUUGGAGUUUCUAUGUGUUUGCACUAGGUUUGUCUUUCUACGCCGUCUAUUUCCUUCAUGGUGGGUUUAAGGGUAUAACGAAUUUUCUAGUGGGAACGAUGCAAAUUAAAAAAAAUCUAGGACUUAACGGUACAUAUGGAAGACAAGUUUUUUUGUGAAAGAAUACACAUGAUUAAAUACGCAGUCAUUCGAGAUAUUGUCUGGAUUUACUAGAAGCAAAGAAACCAUUGUUAUCACAGUGGUAUUACACUCAACAAAUUCUAACAGCACAAA